AUGUAAUAAUAGUUAACACUUGGCUAACACGAAGUAUUCGUCCAAAAGACCCUUUAUGAAUAGAAACUCCCAUACAAAGCAGACUCAUUGAAGGCCUUAUUUUUAUAUUGUUGUGUCACUACUCUUAAAUUAUUGAAAUCAGAAUGUCAAUCUGAGCCAAUCAUAAAUUUCUUGAAACUCUUGGAAGUGAAGCCUCACUAAUAUAAGCCCUCAACAUUCGAUGAUUCAGAACCAUCAAUAGUGAAUUCUUAUUGUGCAAUAUCCGUAUUGAGGGAGCUUUAACACAACAUUUAGGUCGAUUAAGAAUCAGCUCUGAAUUUUGUUCGAUCUCUUGUGCAAGAGGAUGGAAAUAUACGUUCCUCUGCUAAUUCUUAGGAUGCAGAUAUAAGAAUGAUUUAUAGUGCAUUGGCAUACUUAGAUUUGUUGAAUAUAGACACGAGCGAAUUCUAAUAGACUGUCGGAAAAUUCAUACUAAUGUGUUAGAAUUAAGAUGGAGCAUUUGGAUUGAGACCGCAUUUGGAAUCUCACAGCGGUGCAUCUUAUUGUGCAAUAGCUAGUUUGAAGAUUUUAAAGUUGGAAAUACCUUAUGAAAGCAGUUUAAUAGAAUGGUUAGUUAAUCGACAAUGCAAAUUGACUGGGGGUAUGGCUGGGAGAAUCAAUAAAGUUGCUGAUUCUUGUUAUUCUUUUUGGAUUGGAUGGACUCUGAAAAUGUUGGGGCUUGAUUUAUUAGAUAAGGAAAGAUUGCUGGAAUUCUUAUAGCAUUGUUAAUCUAUUUAUGGUGGAUUUAGCAAAUAUCCUCAGAGUAUGCCCGAUCCAAUUCAUACGUUGCAUUCAUUAUUAGGAAUCAUGGAGAAUGAAAAUUAUGAUUAUGUACACGCCAUAAUAUUGAAUUGA